GCGGGAAAGGCGGUCAACAGAGUAGGAAGGUGUGAAGACGUGAGGCUACCACUACUCCGGACACUCUUCACACUCCUUUCAAGAUGCCCUUCGAUGUCCAGCACUCAGCUCAACAGCUCACCGCGGCACAAGCUUCCCACCUUGGCAUUGCGUACGUCCAAAGGCCAUCGAUACUCGUCUCGCCCCCUCGUCAACACCGUCUCAGGUCGUGUGCGGCUCUGUUGCGGGGUGGUGGGACUGAUGGUGGGAUGUGGGCUGGAAGAGUGGCGAGCUUAGACUGCGUGAAGGAAGGCGACGUCCGCGUCGUGGGCUUCGGCCUCUUGAUCUUCCAUUGCGUCGAGCGAAGCUGUUGGCAGCGAGAAUUUACAGGCGUAGGAGGCGUCGUAUCUCGGUUCAAAGGUUCGUCAGAGGAUGAGGAUGGCAUACCUGAUGUUGCAGUCUCGUUUGAGGUCUUGCACCGCAAACACCUCCAGCUGGGGGGGCGCUCAAACAGCGGCGAGGGACCACGUACCAAGCGGCGUAACAGAAAGUCUCUCCCCCCACUUAUGCGGUUCGAGGAUCGAGGUCACAGGAGCUCUCGUGGAUGUGAGCAAGGCAUCGUCGACGCGUCCAUGCUCUCUACGUCAAGGACGGCACAGCGUGGGGCGGAGAGGAAUAAGAGGAUUAGAGAGUGAGGGAAAGCCUUUCGUGCCGCCGCUCAAGAUGCCAGCCCGUGCCGGC